CACAAGAAAAAUGUCAUCACAUAAACCCUCCCAUGAAAAGCCCUUCACCCUCUUUGAGCCCAUCCUCACUGACACAGGCUUCACACUCCUCCAGCGCAACACGGCUGCAGCGGCGCAGCCGGGCGACCGCCGCGGCCGCAAGAAGCAGGCGGAGCCGGGGCGCUUCCUCGGCGUGAGGCGGCGCCCGUGGGGCCGGUACGCGGCCGAGAUCCGGGACCCCACCACCAAGGAGAGGCACUGGCUGGGCACCUUUGACACUGCCCAAGAGGCAGCAUUGGCCUAUGACAGGGCAGCCCUCUCCAUCAAAGGCACACAAGCAAGAACCAACUUCAUCUACUCUGAUCAAACCACUUUCCACUCCCCCUUCCAGCUCCAAUCCUUCUUGCACCCAUCACCAACACAACCCACCAAACACCAUGCCACCAACACUCCGAGCCUCGAGAUUCCCCGGGGCCCGGUCCAGCCGUGUCAUGAAUCUUCUUGUUCACCAAAUGAUGAUCAAGACAGUUUAUUCAACCUGUCCAAAUCUGACGCAAGCUCUGGCUACUUGGACUGCAUUGUCCCAAACAACUACUUGAACCCUUCUCCAACCUCCUCAAGCAAGAACAAAGAAACCUCCUUCUCAUCCUCCGAUUCAGCUGCGGCGGCAUGGAGCCUUGAUCACACAUAUGCAGAUGUUUCUACACACCAAGAAUUCGACUAUGGAUUGUGGGACAGUCAGCAGCAGUGGGAGCUGAGUUCUUGUGAGCUCUCAGCAAUGAUUAACAAUCCAAUUAAUAUGGAAGAGAAUAGGGGAGAUUUUGAUGAAAUUAUGAGUAAUGCAGCAACUAGUAGUAAUGCUGCUGCAUCUUUUUUUCCUUGUUUUGGGGAUUUAGCUGACAUGGGACAGUCUCUAUUUUGA